AUGGCAGAUAAAGUUUCCAUAACGAUAUGCGGGGAUGGAGGAUGCGGAAAAUCGUCAAUUACCUUGCGUCUUGUACGCAGCCAGUGGAUUCAUGAAUAUGAUCCGACCAUCGAGGACUCGUACUCGGUAACACGCAACAUCGACGGCACCGACUACUUCCUCUCCAUCACCGACACCGCCGGCCAAGAAGAAUACCGCGGGCUCUGGGCCUCGUCGAACCUGAAAUCGGAUGCCUUUCUGCUGGUGUACGACAUCACCAACCAGCCCAGUCUGGAAGCGCUGGAUUAUUUCAUGGAUAUGAUCGAUAUCGAGACCGAGCAGCGCUUUGAGGACACGCAGCGGCUGCUGGAGGAGAGUCGCGAUAAUAAUAGUUAUAAUAGUAAUAAUUACAACAACAAUAAUAACGGCCAGGGUCUCCAAGUGGGCAUGCCGCCGCCCGUCAAGAUUGUGGCAGGGAACAAAUGCGAUCUCAAAGAAGGCCGAGUCGUCCCAGCUCGCGACGGACUGGAGUAUGCGCGGAAACACGGCUGUGGGUUCAUGGAAACGAGUGCGCGGGAAAUGGUCAAUAUCGAAGAGACUUUUGCGCUGAUUGUUCGACGAGUAAUCGAGGCCCGUCGACAGCAUUACCUCGCGCAAAACCAGCCCCCUCCACGUAUGGGAUCGUCGACAGCUCGCACUCCGGCCCUGUCUGUGGGCGACCAAAACACCAGCAGCAGCAGUGCUCGCCAGAGCAGCAGCAAAAGCUCGCGGUGGAACUUUCUGGGUCGGAGCAAAACCGCUACGACCAAGACCGCCACUAUUUCAGAGACAGACGAAGACGAGAAGUUUACCUCGCAAAAAAUGCCAGCAUCGAAGAAGGAAUCCAGAUCCUGGUGGAGGCGCAUUUUGUGCCUGUGA